UACAGCAAACCAAACUCAACACUCCUGACACCAUGAGCUACUACUGCAACUACUAUGGAGGCCUGGGCUAUGGCUGUGGAGGUUUUGGUGGCCUGGGCUGUGGCCAUGGCUGGGGAUGUGGCAGUUUCCGCAGGCUGGGCUGGGGCUGGGGAGGUUACGGAUGUGGCUGCUUCCAUCCUCAGUGCUAUGGAGGAUAUGGAUUCUCUAACUUCUACUGAAAUCCUGCCCUGGAAGUCCAACGUCUGAGGCCAUAAUAUGCUUAACUCGAAUUAACCAAAAUGUGAAUGAAGCAACAUCAGCUGGGACCAAGCCAAGAUGAAAAGUAUUUCGCACCUUAGAUUCUAGGAAUAUGUAUCAUC